AUGAAAGUUGUGUUGUUUGUGUGUAUGUUGACCGCGGUCACUGCUGGAGAGGCGGACACAGAGGUAAACAACAUCAAAUCCGUCAUUGAGCAACUCCAGGCAAUACAAUCAGAUCUGUUUGGAAUGGACCGUGAGACCAACAAGAAAUUCCCUGAUUUGUCCAAAACGAACAAUUAUGUUGCUGGUGCGACACAAAGUUCACCAACGACGUGGGUUGACCACCAAGGAACAGUUAAAAGACAAACGCUGGACAGAGAAAUCAGAAUAAUGGACAUGAUGUUCAGACUCCUGCAUGGUGAUGACGAAGACAAUUAUGUUGUUUGUACACUGGCUGACGCCGCCGAGACGUCUCAGAUCUCUUUAGAUGACAUCAGCACAUCCAAGUAUCAAGACAAACACACCAUUAGACGGCGCUCUAUCGACUGCAAACAAGACGUCGGCUACCGGACAAUGGACGGAAGUUGCAACAAUGCUCGCUGGCCAGCCUGGGGAUCCACCAACCAACCAUUCAAGAGAUUUAUUGAUCCUGCAUAUGAUGAUGGCAAGUUCGUUCCCCGAAUGAGAGGCGUUGAUGGUUAUCCCCUUCCCAGUCCACGUGCCAUCAGUGUGGCCGUACAUCCGGGAGUUGACAGUCCUUCUAACGACCACACGGUGAUGGUGAUGCAGUGGGGGCAGUUUGUGGACCAUGAUCUCACCGGAACUCCUCUCCAUGCAGAUACCCGGGAACAGUUGAACCUACUGACGUCCUUCGUGGACGCCUCUAACGUGUACGGCCUCAGUCAGGAUCAGAUCAAUCACCUCAGGAACGGACCCUACUUAAAAAUCAAGGGAGAUAACCUGUUGCCAGAAUCCAACCAAGGCAACUGUCGAACAAGCAAGACCAACGAAUGGUGUUUUGAAGCUGGUGACGACCGUGUGAACGUGUUCCCUGGUCUGGCCGUGCUACACACCGUGUUUGUCCGAGAACACAACCGUCUUGUCAAAGAACUUGCUGAUGUCAUGCCAUCGACCACUCCUGAUGAUGUCUUGUUUGAAGAGGCCAGAAAGAUCGUGUCAGCCAUCAUCCAACAAGUCACCUACCGCGAAUGGUUGCCCAUUAUUGUUGGGCCCUUGGCCAUGAGGAAGUACAGACUGACCCCUGGCUUCAGCUUCAGGUACAACAUCACCCAAAACCCCACCAUCUACAACGUCUUUGCCACCGCCGCCUUCAGAUACGGCCACUCCACCAUUCCACGUUUCCUGACCCUCGGAGAUCGACAUGUACCCAUAGAACAGCUCUUCAACAGACCUUCUGAAGUCAUCAAAGAUUUGGACACCGUGCUGAAGGCUAUCCUCAAGGACAGACAUCAGGAGGUUAACCGAUUCAUCAACAGUGGGAUGACUGAGCAUUUGUUUGAGACGUCGGGCAAUAACGGCUUUGACAUCGUGUCCUUAAACAUUCAGAGAGGUCGUGACCAUGGCCUGCCAUCAUACAACAACUUCCGCAAGGCAUGCCAGCUAUCGGAAGUGACUUCAUUUGAUGACAGUGUAUUUGGUAAAGCAGGACCUGCUUUGAAAAGUGUAUACAGUUCCCCUGAUGACAUCGACAUAUUUACCGGUGCAGUAGCUGAACAACACUUGCAUGGCGGUGCAGUGGGCCCACUCCUCGCUUGUCUGAUUGGUCAACAGUUUCAUGAUCUGAAAUAUGGCGACUCAUUCUGGUUCGAAACAUCUCAUCCAAGAAAGGGCUUUACAUCAGGUACUGCCAAAUCUGUUUGUAUUUCUGCGUGCUUGUAUGGUUUGUUAACAUAUUUGUUUUAUGUCAAAAUAUGUACUUAUUAG